CUAUUCGAGAUUAGUUGUCGUUUGCCAGCGACUCGCUGUGGUUGCUUUGGGAAUGAGCUUGCCAUGUUUUGGAACUGGACUGGGUCCGCUCCUCGGAGGCCUGGUAUUUGUAGUGCUGGUGGGGAUGGGCUUGGGGGCAGCCGCCGUCGAGGGGGAGGUUCAAAGUUCACGCAUUCUGGCCGUGUUCCCCUUCCCAGGCCGAUCGCAGUACAUUUUCGCCGAACAGUAUCUGAAGGAGUUGUCCCGGCGAGGUCAUAAUGUUACUGUGAUCAACACUUUUGGCAGCGAUAAAACUGAGCCCAACUUUCGGGUUAUUGGAGCCAAGAAAAUACACGAAAUAAUGGCGGCAUUUUCCAACUUGGCCUACGACCAGACAGCCAGUCAAUGGACAGUGCUGACCAUGACAACGGAUUUUCUUAAUCUGCUGACCACAAGUGUGCUGGAUGAGCCGGCUGUAAAGGAUUUAUUGGAAAGUCAGGAGCACUUUGAUCUGGUUAUAAUGGAAACUGUACAGAACGAAGCUCUCUUUGGCCUGGCACAGCAUUUUGGGGCCCUGACUAUGGGCAUCUCGUCGUACGGAACGGAUCGUCACAUUGAUGAGUUGAUGGGCAAUAUAUCGCCAUUGUCCUACAAUCCCAUGCUCCUUUCGUCGCGAACGGAGCGAAUGGUCUUCGAGGAGCGUCUGUGGAAUGUGUGGGAGGCUAUUGUCAUUUGGCUGCACAAGAGGAUUGUCCAUCUACCCACCCAAAGGGAGCUGUAUGCCAAAUACUUUCCUUCUGCCCGGAAAUCUCUGGAAGAGAUCAUGGAUAGUUUUUCGCUGGUUCUGUUGGGUCAGCACUUUUCGCUGAGCUAUCCACGUUCCUACCUGCCCAAUAUGAUUGAGGUGGGCGGACUCCAUCUGCAGCAGCAGCGAAAGGUGCAGGAUUUGCCCAAGGAAUUGGCCCAGUUCGUAGAUCAAUCGCCUGAGGGAGUUAUAUACUUCUCCAUGGGUUCGAAUAUCAAGAGCGCCGACUUACCGCCAGCCCGGCGUGAGGUUCUGAUGGAGACGUUCGCCAGCUUGCGGCAGCGGAUCCUGUGGAAAUUUGAGGACGAUCAGUUGCCCGGGAAACCGGAGAAUGUUUUCAUUAGCAAGUGGUUCCCCCAACCGGACCUGCUGGCUCAUCCGAAUGUGAAGCUGUUCAUCACCCACGGCGGACUACUCAGCACCAUCGAGAGCAUUUACUUUGGAAAGCCCGUUCUGGGUCUGCCCGUUUUCUACGAUCAGCACCUGAAUGUCCAGCGGGCGAAGCAAGCGGGCUAUGGCCUCAGUGCGGAUUUGUGGAGCGCCAAUGCCACGGAGCUCACAUCCCUGAUUCAGGAACUGCUAAGCAAUUCCAGUUACGCUGCAGCGGCGCAAACCAAGUCCAAACUGUUCCGAGAUCAAAAGGAGACAGCCCUGGAGCGGGCCGUCUGGUGGACUGAGUACGUACUGCGGCACGAGGGAGCCAAACACUUGAGAUGUGCCUCCCGCGAUCUCAGUUUCAUCCAGUUGCAUGGCCUCGACACCUGGGGACUGCUCAUCGCAGUCACUGCGGUCGCCACACUGAUUUUCGUGAUUGCCUUGAACUACCUACUGAGGGGUCUCAGUUAUAUCAUCGCCAGGCAUCGUGGGUCGGCGAGCAAAUUGAAGACCCAGUAACCAAUUAAAGUUCAUUAACUAGUCUCGUUUAUACAGUCACCUAUCUGUUGUAUGUUUUGUGUUUUGAAGCACUCGUAAUCAGUUGAACUUAACACUUUACUCAUAGGAAUAAGAACAACUUAAUGUUUGAGAUUAAAGCCCACCUUAUGAAACAUAAA